GGUCAAAUCUUUCAUCACUGCACUGUUGUUGAAUCGUCUGAGCGCAUCUAUUGUUUACAUGGGAGUCGUGGGACGGUGUUUACGUGGUAUAUUAUCUAAUUGGCGAUUACAAAACAGACUGGCGUAUGGAUUAACCGAUUUCGGUCCAAGCACACAAGCGCACCAAAACCGUGAACUGUACAUAGAUAUCAUAUCGAUAAAAGAUCAAGUCGCAUACAACAACUAUAUAAAUAAGAUAAGACAGUAAUACAAAAAGGAAAAUGAAGACAACCAUUUCCGCUAAACAUACUCUGCACAGUGGAAUUUUUCAUCCUGUUUUAAGACAGUGGCAGUCACCAAAUGUAGAAAUCACUGCUAAUAAUCUUAUGUAUCCCAUAUUCGUGUCAGAUGAAAAAAACGCUAAAGAUGCCAUUAAUAGCAUGCCUGGUGUGUAUCGCUAUGGUAUUAAUCAAUUAGAAAAAAUGUUGCAACCUUUGGUAGCAAAAGGGUUGCAGGCAGUUCUCUUAUUUGGCGUAUCGCAGUAUCUCGAGAAAGAUGAAAUUGGCAGUAAUGCUGAUAGUACAAAAAACCCUAUUAUACAAGCUGUAUUCUUAUUAAGAAGGAAAUUUCCUGACUUAUUAAUAGCAUGCGAUGUUUGUUUAUGUGCGUAUACAAGUCACGGUCAUUGUGGAAUACUCAAUGAUGACGGUAGUAUUAAUAAUACUUACAGCAUUCAGCGAAUCGCUGAAGUCGCUGUAUCGUAUGCAAAAGCUGGUGCGCAAAUUGUUGCGCCAUCUGAUAUGAUGGAUGGUAGAAUAAGUGCGAUAAAGCAAGCUCUAGCUACUGCUGGAUAUUUGAAUAAAGUAGCAGUCUUAUCUUAUGCUGUAAAGUUUGCGUCAGGACUUUACGGCCCUUUUCGGGAUGCAUCACAAUCUGCACCGAAAUUUGGCGAUCGCAAGUGUUAUCAGUUACCUCCUGGUAGCAACGGGUUAGCAGCUAGAGCUGCCGCAAGAGAUGUAGAUGAAGGAGCAGACAUGCUGAUGGUAAAGCCAGGAUUGCCGUAUUUAGAUGUGGUGCGACAGACAAAAGAUGCACAUCCAGAGUAUCCAAUAUUUGUGUAUCAAGUUUCAGGAGAGUAUGCCAUGUUGCAUCAUGGUGCGCAAAACGGCGCAAUCAAUUUAGAGAAUGUACUGAAUGAAAUAUUACUCUCUAUGAGAAGAGCAGCUCUACUAAUAGUGGGGCUGCUUGCAGUCAUCACAAUUGCGAAAGAAGAUAAGGAGAAGGAAGAUAUUGGCACAGUAAUAGGAAUUGAUUUGGGUACAACAUAUUCAUGUGUGGGAGUUUAUAAAAAUGGCCGUGUGGAGAUCAUAGCCAACGAUCAGGGUAACCGUAUCACACCAUCUUACGUAGCGUUCACUAAUGAUGGUGAACGAUUGAUUGGCGACGCUGCUAAAAAUCAGUUAACAACAAAUCCGGAAAACACCGUAUUCGAUGCCAAACGACUAAUUGGUCGUGAAUGGUCAGAUCCCACAGUGCAACAUGAUGUCAAGUUCUUUCCAUUCCCAGUUAUUGAAAAAAAUAAUAAACCGCACAUCAAAGUCGAGACUAGUCAGGGAGAAAAAGUCUUUGCGCCAGAGGAGAUCUCCGCUAUGGUAUUGGGCAAGAUGAAGGAAACUGCUGAGGCAUAUCUUGGCAAGAAGGUUACUCAUGCGGUAGUUACAGUGCCGGCUUACUUUAACGAUGCACAAAGACAGGCAACUAAAGACGCUGGAACAAUCUCUGGUCUGGUUGUAAUGAGGAUUAUCAACGAACCAACCGCCGCUGCAAUCGCAUACGGUUUAGACAAAAAAGACGGCGAGAAAAACGUGCUGGUAUUUGACUUGGGUGGUGGUACUUUCGAUGUCAGCUUACUUACUAUUGACAACGGCGUAUUUGAAGUAGUCGCUACUAAUGGUGACACUCAUCUGGGAGGCGAAGAUUUCGAUCAACGUGUAAUGGAUCACUUCAUCAAGCUUUAUAAGAAGAAGAAAGGCAAGGAUAUCCGUAAAGAUAACCGAGCUGUACAAAAACUGCGUCGUGAGGUCGAGAAAGCCAAGCGAGCGCUCAGUGCUAGCCAUCAGGUCAGGAUUGAGAUUGAAUCAUUCUUCGAGGGUGAGGACUUCUCCGAGACACUGACUCGUGCCAAAUUUGAAGAACUUAACAUGGAUCUCUUCCGCAGCACUUUGAAACCCGUGCAAAAAGUUUUGGAAGAUUCCGACAUGAGUAAGAAAGACGUGGAUGAAAUUGUCUUGGUUGGUGGUUCAACAAGAAUUCCAAAGGUUCAGCAAUUAGUCAAGGAAUUCUUCGGUGGUAAAGAACCGUCUCGCGGUAUCAAUCCCGACGAAGCCGUUGCUUACGGUGCUGCUGUACAAGCCGGUGUACUUUCCGGAGAACAAGACACUGAUGCAAUUGUACUUCUUGAUGUUAAUCCUCUCACUUUGGGUAUCGAAACCGUUGGUGGUGUAAUGACUAAACUUAUUCCAAGAAACACAGUCAUUCCCACGAAAAAGUCUCAAAUAUUCUCCACGGCCUCCGAUAGCCAACACACCGUUACAAUUCAAGUGUACGAAGGCGAGCGUCCUAUGACCAAGGACAAUCAUCUACUUGGCAAGUUUGAUUUGACUGGCAUUCCGCCGGCACCACGAGGCAUACCGCAAAUCGAAGUCACAUUCGAGAUCGAUGCUAACGGCAUCAUGCAGGUAUCGGCUGAAGAUAAGGGCACCGGUAACCGUGAAAAGAUUGUCAUCACAAAUGAUCAGAAUCGCUUAACGCCCGAUGAUAUCGAGCGAAUGAUCAAGGAUGCGGAAAAGUUUGCUGAUGACGAUAAGAAAUUAAAAGAGCGCGUAGAGGCACGUAACGAUCUCGAGUCGUAUGCUUACUCGCUGAAGAAUCAGCUGGCUGACAAGGAAAAGCUCGGUUCGAAAGUAAGCGACGCGGACAAAGCCACAAUGGAGGAAGCGAUUGAGGAAAAGAUUAAAUGGCUGGAGGACAACCAAGAUACGGAGCCGGAAGAAUAUAAAAAGCAAAAGAAAGAGCUUACUGACAUCGUUCAACCUAUCAUAGCCAAAUUGUAUCAGGGCGCGGGUGGCGGUGUCCCACCAACUGGCGAUGAAGAAGAUCUUAAAGAUGAGCUUUAACUGCAAGCUAGCGAUCCGUUCGCUUCGAUUUACAGUUUAGACUGAUUACUCGCCUCCUAAGCAAAUACUUUACAGAAAUAUCAUUGAUUACUACAAGUGGCUGAGCGAAGUACACUCGCGAGGCCAUGUACGUUCUCGCCGUACGUUUAGUUAAUAAUAGCAGUCAGGUUCUAAGUUUUGCUAACAUAUAAUAUAUACUAUAUGUAAAUUUAAUAAUUAAGUUAAGGAAAAUUUUUGCGAAGCUAAAUGUGCAGUAAGAAUACGAGUCUCUGUUAGAUAAGUAUAUAAAUUUUUAAGAAAAGUGCGAGAAAGUAUCAAAAAGCGAUAGAAUAUAUGAGUGUUUAAAAAAAUUAAAGAAAACAUACGUCGGAAUAUGUUUAGCCGUAAAUAUUUAUAAAUUCUAAGCCGAAUAUUACGUUACUGCAUUUUUUGUUAUAUUUUUUUAUGAUUUGUUGUUUUGUUGUUUGUUAUUUAAUUGGCUAUUCUCUCAGAAAUUUCUGUAGAGAAUUCUAUCCGAUAAGCUAGCUAAUCGAUAUACAGUCAAAUCUCUUCUAGCUCUCUCUAUUCUUGACAAACUUCUUCCCUUUUUAAUUUUGUCGUUUCUCACAGCCAUUUUCUGGAGGAAGAGAAUAAGAAUAAAGGUGGAGUCUGGUUCCGACUUUGUAUUAAGAAUAGAAGGAUUCGAUUGUGUAUUUGAAAUCUUUUUUUUCUGUUGUACGACAAAAACGCAACAACGCAAUAAUAACCUAAUGCUAAUUUAACGUUUUCUCGCACCUUUUCUUUAGCCAAACUUGUUCUAACUCAUACGACUAGAUGUGUACAA